UAAAGGUUGUAGGCUCCAAUCACAAAGCUCAAAGCUCUUAAAAAUGAUCAACUCAUUUACUUUACAAAAGCUUGUGCCCAUCAGCUAUUAGCUUUUUAGCUCAUUUGUUCUAUGAAAGCUCAGUUCAAUUACAGCUCUACAGAGCACAACCCUUAAAGGGUUUGAUUUCUAUGUUGUGACCUAAGAGGCUAAGAUUUUCAUUUAAACAUCCCAAUGAGGGAUCUCAAGGUCGUCAUUCCUCAGCUUCCUGCUUCCAGGUCAUCACUCUUGAGCUUCCUAGUUUCAAGCCGUCACACCUCAGCUUCCUACUUCCAGGUCGUCAUUGCUGAGCUUCCUGGUUUCAGGUCGUCACUCCUUAGCUCCUGCUUCCAGGUCGUCACUGCUGAGCUUCCUGGUUUCAGGUCAUCACUCCCAAGCUUCCUGCUUCCAGGUCGUCAUUCCUCAACUUCCUGCUUCCAAGUCGUCACUGUUGAGCUUCCUGGUUUCAAGUCGUCACUCCCAAGCUUCAUGCUUCCAAGUCGUCACUCCUGGGGUUCCUAGUUUCAGGUCGUCAAUCUGAGCUCCCUGAUUUUAGGUCAUCACUCUCAGCUUACAGGUUGGAAAUCUCAAAUCAAGGUUUCCAAGCCAGAUUCCUCAAGAAUAAAUCAGACCCCUCUAC